AUGCCUAAAUCCACGGAAGACAUCGAGUUCGUUGUCAUUCUGAUCGGCAGGCAGACUCUUGUAGUCGGGAUCAACACCGAGACGACGAUCUGGCUCAACUAUCGCCUUCAUACACAGUACUACGAGUCCACAGCUUUAUACUACCACCUUUUUCACGGCGUCUUCACACUCUCGAUGCGACUUGGGCAGUCUUUUCAUUUACACAGCGGCUUUCAGAACUCUUAG